AUGGGAGGCGUCACCGUGUUUCCCUUCCACGAGGCCUGCUACGGACUUCUAUCGCGUGCAAUCAAGGGCACCAUCGACAAUGAAUUAAUAUACUCUGCAUUUGUUCGUCUAUCCAAUGAGUUUGAGACUUGGAUGCUAGACAUCGACUACGGUGACCCACCGCCGCGCGAUAAUCGAGAUUGGAUAUCUGUACCCGGUACAGAGUUGCUUGUAAAGAAUCCAGCCGAAAGCAUCGACAUGUCUCCGUUCCUAGUCCAGCAAGCGCCGGCCGCCUUACCAUGCUGCGAGGGGUGCGACUCCCUUUCCGACCCCUUUAACGAGCUCCCCAUCGAGAUACGACAACAGUUGAUGGCACAGCUCCCGCUUUUAGACAUUUCAGCUCUUAGACAAGCAUCCAAGAUUAUGUUCGAGACUUUGCCGUCCAAGACAGUUUGGACCAGGGUCCUCACCGAAACCAUGCCAUGGCUCUGGGAGAUGGAUGACGUUUUGAGUCGGGGAGAACAUCACCGCCUCGACCUGAUUCAAACAAUAAAGAAGCUACAGACCCAAACAGAGUAUUCGUUUGACGGGAUUAAUCAAUGUCUAACCCUUGCCAACCGUCGACGAGUGUGGUCUGUCUGCGAGCAGAUUGCAGUGGAGUACAAGAAAUUGAACUACCCGACAUCGGCCGCCCGGAAAUGGAUCCCGAAAGGCGAUGGCUGCUUUGAGCUGCUUUGUCGAUAG